CAAAUUUCUCGCUACCAAUGCUCACUGGCAGAUGACCAUGCAGAUCCUACUGUACAUUCAAAGUUCAUUCUUGACCACCUCCGCUCGCUGUCUUGAGACUCAGUCUGGUGUACGCACAUAAUUCGGCCCUCGCUAAAAGUAUUGGAGGGAGUGCUCUUGGUAUUCUGGUUCACUAGCUGUUAGUGUGCAAACGCAAAAUGAAUAUCGCAUCUGAUGGGACCUCCGAAUCAGAUCCCCUCCUACAGGAAGAUUAAACACGAACUGACCUUCAGUGGGUAACCAGAUAGACCACACUCCCAGCGCACCACUCUGUUCCAUCUGCGCCCAACUGGAUUUCCACCAGAUUCUCCUCGACGAUAUUCCACGGAACAAAUCAAUCCCCCUGGGCGGGCAGCGAGAGGAGCUUGCCAGAAUUUAUGAGAAUGGUGGAUGUAGUGUUGAUGGCUGUGGUUCCUGCUCCUCCUGCGUGUUGUUAUGUCGCCCUCAGCUACCUGUGGGGAGGCAUUGGCGCGGAGCAUUGGACGAUGAAGGAUAAUAUAGCAGAGCGCUUCAUACCUGGCGGGUUGAACAUAGCACACUUCCCUGAAACCAUCACAGAUUCCAUUCAACUCGUUCGACAACUUGGCGAAUGUUACAUGUGGAUUGACACUCUAUGCAUCAUUCAAGAUGAUCUAGAGGACAAGAUCCAUCAGAAACACGCUAUGGAUUUGAUCUAUGGCGGGUCAUAUUUCACGAUAUAUGCUGCUGGGGGUACGUCCGCUCGAGAUCCUCUCCCAGGAUUUCAUCCACGAACUAGAUCGCCACAGCAGCACAUCACGGUCAUUCAAGGACUUCAUCUCGCCGUGCCUUUACCAGGACCUAUCAAGGCGCUCACUCUAUCCGUGUGGAACAUGCGUGGCUGGACCUAUCAAGAGCUCAUGCUCUCCCGCCGAAGAAUAUACUUCACUGGGCAGCAAGUCUAUUUUGAAUGCAGACGAGAUAUCUUCUGCAAAGAUGUCGUCGCUGAAAGCAGGUGCCUCGUGUCAUCCACCCAACCUUUACGGUAUAAAGGUGCAGGAAACUUCACCUACCUUCAGAAACCCAUGCAGGUGCUCUUUGAUCAGUACAUCGCGAGUUAUAUGUCUGCCAUCGGGCUGUAUACACGGCGUAACCUUACCGUGGAGUCAGACAUUGUCAAUGCUAUCACUGCAAUAACAAAUGCCUUGACAAAAAGUUUUGAGCUUGGUGGGGGCGACCCCGCCAGAGCUUUUAACUUUGUAAUGAUGUUGACAGACCUCGAGUACGUCCUUGUCUGGCAACAUGAUCCACGCACACCUCAUGUUCGUCGUUCGAUUACUGGUGAAGGCAGUUCACCCUGGCCUUCUUGGGCGUGGGCUGGAUGGUGUGGCGCUGUUCACUACCCGGGGGAAGCUCUGUAUGCCCACUUCGACAGUCAUUCUGACCGACCGAGAGUGACGGAGACGGUUAUCGACCCUUGGUACAUCGUGGAGCAUAAUGGUGAUACAGUGCAGCUUGAUGUUCGCCACAUUCACCGGGCAUUUGUGCGUCCCAGGCCACAGGCAUCGAUGAACCCAUAUUCUUCUCCGAAAGGGAUCUUGGAAGCAUCACAGCUGAGGCUGGAUCAUCAUCGAUGGCUGGAGCCAGGCACCCUCAUAUUCCACACUACUUCCAGUCGCUUUAGUAUCGUACGGGGACACGGUGGAGAAGACGUAAAGUCAAGUGAACGUUUCUACCACGAUCUUUUCAAUAUCCUCUCCAACACUUCGACCUGGGUUGGCAGUGUCAUACUGUCAUUAGAUCCUGCCCCGCCGGCUUCCCUUGAGUUCAUUGUCCUUUCCCGUACUACUGCAGGCCCUGGCGUUCUACUCUGGAUGCAUGUAUAUGUGAUGGCAGUGAGUGAGAGUGAGGGUUUGAUGGAGCACGUUUGGUUGGGUGUUAUUCAUGAGUCUCCGUGGAUUGCUUCGGGUGCAAAGGAGAAGGUGGUGUUUCUUCGAUGA